AUGUAGAAAGAGUGGUGUCCAUUGCAAUUUUUCUAAUAAAAACAAGAAAAAUAAUAAUAGCAAAAUAGACACCAUUAGGUUUUCAUUCUCUUUCUCUCUCUCUCUGAUUCGAUCGAUUUCGAUUGUUGAAUUCAUCCCAUCGUGGAGCCUUCAAAUUUGUAGUUGAACAACGAUGGUGCUGCCGCUAUUUGCUGCUUUCAUUCUCUUUUUUGCUUUUAUUCCGAAUGGAUUGUUAGCAGUUCCUUCCACCGUCCCCGCAUUCCUUUGGUCAUCACAUUAUGAACUGGCCUCUGAAAAUGGAUUGAAGGAAUCUGUAAAUUACCAAGUCAUUUCUCCAAAAGAUCUAGCAAAAUCUGUUUUUUCUGAAGCAGGCUGGUCAAAUUUUCUGUGCAAAGGAAAGAAACUUCAUGAGCCUCUGGAUCUGGCACUCUUAUUUGUUGGUAGAGAGUUACAAUCUUCAGAUUUAAACAUGAACAAACAUGCAGACUCAGCUCUUUUGGACCUGCUCAAGAUCUCUUUCGCCAGAUCCAACACUUCUGUGGCAUUUCCCUAUGUUUCUACAUCAGAGGAUGUGCUUUUGGAAAACUCAUUGAUUUCAGGAUUUGCUGAAGCCUGUGGAGAUAUGGGAAUUGGCAAUGUUGCUUUCCAUGGAUCUUGCUCCAUGGAUGGGGCAAAUCAUGAAGAAAUCACAACUUUGCACUCAGUUCAAGACUAUUUGAUCAAGAGGAUGGAAGAGAGUCACAGAGGGAAAACAGAUUUGGUUGUGUUCUGCAAUGAAGGCUCUCAAGCUGUUAAAAAUGUAGACAAGACACAAUCUGAAGGGGAAGUUUUAUCCAAUCUUAUCAGUUCUGUGGAGGAAUCUGGUGCAAAAUAUGCCGUUCUUUAUGUGUCGGAUCCCUCCAGGUCAAUCCAGUAUCCUUCUUACAGGGAUCUGCAAAGAUUUCUAGCAGAAAGUACAGCCGGGAAUGAAUCAACCAAUUCCACAAUUUGUGAUGAAGUCUGCCAGCUUAAAUCAUCUCUUCUAGAGGGAAUUUUAGUGGGUAUAGUUUUGCUAAUAAUUUUGAUAUCGGGCCUUUGCUGCAUGAUGGGAAUUGACACCCCAACAAGAUUUGAGACGCCACAAGAGUAAUGAUCCGUUUGCUGAAGCUAAUAAUUGUUAUGAUGCUCGGCCUACUGGAUUAAAAUAUUACUGCUAUAUUAUUUGCGAAUUUUACGGGAGGCUCUGAUAAGUGUUCUGUAGUUGAUGACUUGUCUCAGGGACUUUUUAUAUUGAAUUUUAAAAUAAUUUGUAUCAGUAUAUAAAAAUAAAACUUCAUCCUAGGUUUAAUUUUGAUCCCGCCACUGUCAGUUGUAAAAUUUGAAGAAGAAAUUUCAGAUUGUGUUGUAUUUUUUUAACUGUCUCCAAAUUUGCUCCGUUCGAUGUGCAUAAUUGCUGAUCGAUGCAGUUCCAAGUUUAUUUCUGCUGGGUUUUGAAUUGAAGUUUGAAGUUGAUUUGAAGAAUGUUUAGCAAUAUGGUAAAAUUUCGAGUUAAAGUUUGAGAUUGAAGUUAAAGAUAUUAAGAAGUGGAAGUUCUAAAAGUAGACAAGUGUCAAUGAAGGAUUUCAAGGUAAGGGUUCAAAUUGAGAGGAAGUUCAUAACAAUUACCUUGAGAGAGAUUUUGAAAUUUGUUUACGUGUUUGUAACUUUGUAUAGAUCAAUCAUUAUGGUUGGAAAUCUGAAUAGGAUAUUUGUAUUCUAUUUUUUAUAGUUGAAACAAAUCGAAUACUUUGUUAUGUUUUAUACAUAAAUAAAUGGUUACUGGUUCAA